UAAAUAUUUAUGAUAAUUUAAUUAACUGUUUUAAAAAAAUAUAUAAAAAAUAUGAAAUCAAAUCAAUAAAUAUUUUUUUAUUUUAUAAAUAAUAACAAUAAUAUUUUUUCCAAACUUACUAUUCGAAUUUAAUUUACGAAAAUUUCAACGAAAAAAAGAGGCGUAAAAUAUACAAAAAGAUACAAGAAACAAAGGAGUACAAACAUGAGACUUCCCGCAACGCAGGAUUUGCAGCAACAACAAAUCCACGGAAGGCAGAAAAAGCCACACGUUUCUAGCUACCAGAGGAGCAAACUAGCCCCUGCCCUGGGGCCUUUGAUAUACGAGACUACGGAUUUUGAGGAACAUUCUAUCGGUUAUGGACCCGUUAUCGAGCCUGAUGAUACUUCUCGUCUAGAGCAGAAUGGCUAUUACCAAAAUUCAAACGAUUAUGAUAAUAGGCAAAGAUACAACAAAGGUUAUCGAAAUCCCGGAUUAUAUGAACGGGAAGAGGCGAGAGAAGGUGGAAGAGGACGAAUGAGCAAUGGGGAAUCGAGAGGGGCGGAUGCGUCGAUGCCGAAUAAUUAUUCCGAAGACGAUGAAUAUAUGAUCACAGAUUAUUACAGACCCCCGCUUUCAUCGCAUGAUAGGGGUCGCAAUGAUAGCCAGGGGAACUAUCAAGGCGGGAACGCGCUAAUAAAAUCGCAAGAUAAAUAUGGCAGUGGCAAUAAACGCAGUUUGUCUUCUCCUUCGUUCCGCAAAAACAGAAUUAACAAUGGUUACGAUCCUCCUAUCGAGGGUUACGCGACCAAUACGGGUAGUUACAGGGAGUACAGAGAUUCCAACGAUACCAAAAUACCCAGCAAUUACAUGGUUUUAACUGUCAAUGGAGACGGAUCACCUCAACCGGAAGACACUUACUGGCUUAAGCCGGAACCUAUAUUGCCGGAUGAUGUAAUGGUUAAUCGCGGAUAUUUUUCGUCUACUCCCUCGACACCUUUACCCCAGCAUAAAGAUGUCGCGAACGAAGAUAAUUCCUACCCUCAAAGAGAUGACAAAAUUGUUGCAUCUAGACAGAUUAAUAGCCGCGAGGCCAGGAGGCCUCAGGAGGUAUCCUUCGCAACUACCACCAACGAUAACGACAGUCAUUUUAACCGUGAAACAUCGAGGGGCGAUAUAAACGCGGUGAGAAAUGGUUUUCCCAUGGACGCAUCUUUCGCGUCAUCUAAUUUUAAUCCAAUCAUACCCGGCCUGGGCCCGCCGGGUCAAGCUACCCUAGUUAAUACCCCCGAGUUCGGAUCUUAUACGUCUUCCAAAUCCAAAUCUUCAACCCAAAAAAGACCUUCUCCUCAAAGAACGUUUUACGCCUUCCAGAAGAUGAAAGAAGCCAUCAACCAAUACGUUUCUUACUUAAAAGUUCGUAUCAACGACAUGAUCCGAUGUUACGAAAGAACACCUGUCGGUUUCAAUACAUUUUCGUCAGAGAGGGCACUGAAAAAGUUGUCUCAGAACUUCGAGAACAAAGGCAAAAAGUCUGGAUAUAAAGCUAAAACGGUCGGGCCUUCCUCGAUGUCUAACAUUAGCAAGGAAACUCCAGUGAGUGAUUAUCCCAAUUCUCCCAAUCCACUUUUGCUCGAGAAGAAGAUAAAGAACGCCCAGAGGCUACUUAAGCACCUGGAGUAUCACGCGACAAAAAUCGACAGGCUCUACGAUGAUUACCUCCAGAACCAUAAGCUCAGAGAUGGAGCCAAAACUAUGUCUUUUGCGUAUUGCGAUCCUGCCAUCUCUUCCUCGGCUAAAGUCAUGAAAGAAUCUCUCGUCCAUUUGGAAAGCGAACGCAAAAAUUGCGACAAAAACAUGUUCACUAUCGAAAACAGGCUUCAAACCCUUAUGGGAACCUUUCAUUUCGUUAUUAAAGAAAUAUCUGGUUACGCGAGGAUAGGAGCAGGUGACCAAUUUGAUAUAGCUAUAAAGUACGACUUCCCUAAAUUCAAAAAAUUUAGCGCCAAGUGCAAAGUAGACAGAAGACUGGAUCAGAUGUGGGACAAGCGUGGAAGGGUUUAUCCCCUUCUUUUACACGAAAUAAUGCGCUUAAAGGCGAAAGAAGUCAAAACCCUCAAUAAUGCGACACUGACCAAAACUACGUUGGAUCCUUUAGACCUUCUAUCCAUAAUCCCCAUCCUCAAAUACAUUAAGCUCACUCCUAAUGGUUCUCUCAAGCUCAACGUUCUAUUUUUUUGGAAUCCUUUGGGAAAUGAGUUGGCUGAGGAAUUGGAUUUCCUUUACGAAAAUUCCCAAUUUUUUGAUUCGUUUGUUUCGUCAAAAACGCCACCCGAAUUCGUAGUUUCCCACUUGCCACCGCUAAUGCUAGAUGGAGGAUCGGGUAGAGGAGUUAAAUUUAGCGGCGACAAGGCGGCCUUAGAAGGAAGUGCGCUGGAAAGGAAUGGAUCAAAUAUCGUCGCGAAUGAAAAUUCUUCCCCAAGAUGGAAAGGGGAAAGAGAUGACAAAGAGAAGAGGAGUAUAGGCCGUGCUAGUGCAAUAGGUGGUGUUAGAAGGGAUCAAGGAAGGCAACCUAGUAGAUAUCAGGAUUAUUUAUCAUCCAGCAAUUAUCAAUCUCCCAACGAUGUGGAUUCAUCUUCCUCAUUGGAAAAGAAAUACUAUUCCAGACCGAGAUUCAGCAACAGACAACAAAGAUUACCCUUAUACUUUGAGGAUGACAAUUUCAAUUCUUACGCGCAAAAUAGAGGGCGUGAAAGAAAGGGGGAGCCGGAUAACUUUUAUUCAAGAAUACCGCUAGGAAUUCAGAGAAUCAGAAAUAAUAACCUAGUCGAUGAAAGAGGGUACCAAGAACAUCAGUCUUCCUAUCGAAAUAAUCCGGUAAAUGUAUACGCAACAGCCAGCAAUUUACCAAGUGACAAUUUUAUUUCCCAGCCUUUCGAUCAAAACCAAUUCGAACAACAACAGCAAAGUUCCCCGCUAAAUGAACAACCUCGGCUAGGGCAAACGCAGGAGUUCUCCUUUCAAAAUCCCCCUUUCCAAGUCUACGAUGAUAGUAAAAGGCAGGUUCAACGGCAAUUAAGUAACAGCCCUUACAACAACAGUUAUCAGCAGCGCCCUCCUUCGAGAGACAUCCCCCUCAAUUUAAACAAAGAUUUCCAAGACGUACUUCACGACCUACGGCACUGUUCGAGCACUUAUAAAGCUGACGGAACGGAUACGGGAGAAUUUAACGAUUUGAGGGACAUUGUCGAACAAUUUUACGAAUACCUUUCGUACGUUGAUCCUAAUAAAAAUAAGAGUUUGGGAGAACAAGAGAUUAUAAACGAUAGUCCAAACAUACCUGGACCAAGUCAGACGCCUUCCCCCAUAUACAGGGAUCUUACGAAAAGUGACGAUUUCAAACUCGCCAAGACUGACAAAAAGAAAAACACAUUCGGAAAUGAUAUAAUCUCGACAGCUUUGAAAAGUUUCGAUUUUUUGAGCGGAGACGAAAAACAGAAAAACUCUUCAAGGAAUAAAAAUAGAUCGAAAGAAAAUUACGAUUACCCUCAAACUCCUUCGAAUCCGAACGCCGCCGUAAAUAGGGGAAACGACAAUAUACCCUUCAUGGACUCUGGAUUCGAUUCAUCCGCCACCGGAAGCUUGGAUAGGAACAUCUCGCGUCAGCGGCAAGUGAUAACGAGUGGCGAUUGGAUAUCAACGGGCGAUUCCAGCCUCGAUAAAUGUCUGAGGAUUCAUUUAGCCCAAGUCAGUAGAGCCCUAAAACAAUUAACAAUAAACUUGAAAUCUAACGAAGAACAAGAUGGCGGCAAUAUGAGCAUAAAUAUCAGCAUGCCACUCAGCAGAGUGAAAUGGCUCAAGAUAAUAAAGGUGCAAAGUCUGUGUCUGGAGAUUUAUUUCGAAAUAGCGACUCACCAAGCCUCGAGGGAUUUCAAUGUUGUCCUCGCUAUAAUAAACAAAUACACCAACUUGAACGGUUGGGGAAACGUUAACAAGAUCGCUUCGUUUUGGGGCAAGGCGUUACAGGGUAGUAGCGGUUCUCUAUCUUCCCCUCUGUCUCCUUACCCGAACCAAAUAUUAUUGAUUCAAGCUAGGCAAUUCGAAAACUGUUUGGAGAGGGAAUACCUACCUUUCCUCCUCAAAGGUCACACUCAACAGAUCAUAUCUUUAGUAUUUCCGAAGGUGAUAGGGGAAAUUCAAAGGAUAAUAGUUACCCCCUUUGUUCCUUCCUGGAAUGACAUGCCUCAGAGCGAAGGAAACGAAAUGGCUUCGAUGGGUGUCGGCAACUACAUAACUCUGCUUCAAUUAGUGUUUUACUUGAAAUUGAACAUUAUAACCGAUUUUAAGGCGCAUUUAGACGAAUUAGCGAAGGAAUUGGAAUUCCGGGAUUUAUUUAACGCCGGCAAUCAGAACGGACUUAUAAAAUACAUUUUGUCGUUGAACAACGAUCUCCCUCCGGCCAAUAGCUUCGAUAUGAUUUGUCGCCUUUUAUGCAAUAACGAUGAAAUAAAUCGAUUUACAGUGACUUACCUGAAUAGCUUGAGCAACCAUCCGGAAGCAAAAAGAAAAGCGGUGCUACGUGCUCUGGCUUGCUUAGAAUCCAACGAUAUUAUUAUAAGGUGUGGUGCUUGCAGAGCGCUGCAACAUUUGAAGGCGACCGAAUCUAUUAACCAGUUGCUCAACGUAUUCACUAACGACCCAAAUGUCAAAGUGAAUGAAUCCGCUAGAAUAGCCCUCUUGAACUUGGGUCCAACCGGAAUAAGCGCCUACGAAAAAUUCUUGGCUAACCGUCUCCCCGCGUCCCAACAACGAAAUAAUGGAAUUAAUCAUUAUUCGAACGGAAACCAAGGAAUAUAUAAUUUAGGCAACUACGGCAAUUUCAAUUCAGAUUCACAAUUAUAAGAUUUUUUUUCCGCCAUCUUUUUUUGUUGAGUAUAUCAGAAAUUAUUAAGCGUUUUGAUAUAUUUAUGGUUGCUUAAAAUUGACUUUAUUUUUAUUAUGGGGCAUUUCGCGGUAUAUAAUAUAAUAAAACUUAAUAAGGUUUAAAACUUUUUCAUUACUUCAAUUUGCAUUUUUAUGAUUAACUAAUUAUAAGUAUAUAAAAUACUGAGUAAAAUUUGAUAAUUGUCGUAAAAAGCCAUAGGAAAUCAUUUGUCAAACUCAAAUCUUAUCUAUGACAGUCCUUUUGGCUUGAUAUUAUCUAUAUAUAUAUAUAGAUAUGUUAGCUUCAAAAUGUGUUAUUUUUACAAAAAUAUAUAAAAAUCAUUUUUUUUGACCGAGAUUUUUUUUAAAAAAUUUAAUAAUCAACCGGAAAUAUAUUCUAACCCUAUCUUAAUGAAUUGUAGACAUUUUUCACUGGAUGACGGAAUAUAUUUGCGGCAAAUUCAAGAUUUUUAAAUUUUUAAAAACGCCCUUCAAGAAAAAUGAUUUAAAGAUUUAAAAUAACACAUUCCCUGGAUAAAACAACAUUACAUAUACACUAAAAAAUUCAGUAUUUUUUUUUAUAAUUUUAUAUGUCUAAGAAGUACCUAUAAAUCUAAAGGGUUAUUAAUACGAGUUAACAUCUAAUCAAUUCAUGAAUACAAUUUAUAAAACUUUUAAAGUUUAAAUUUUGUAAAUUAAUUUUUUAUCUUUUUAUAUUACAAAAAAAAAUUAUAAAAAUUUGCAAAUGCUUAUAUUAUAUUAAUAUAAAAAAAUAUAAUUAUAUACCUAUAAUAUUUUGUUUAGGAAGGCUUUAUUUUUAAUUCAAGAGAAGUUUAAUUUUUCUAUCAUAAAUUUUUACCUAAAUUUUAAGCUUAUAAAAUAUUAUAUUUAAAUGCAAUUAUAUUUUAUUUUUUUAAGAAAAAAAAAAUUCUUUUAUAAAUUUAUACACUAUUAUUUCAAAACUAUAUAUACAAAUUUUUAUGUAUUUUUUUUACUAUCUCAAUAAGUUUUUAUAUUUUCAUAAAAAUUCAACAAAUGCAAAAAAUAUAUAUAUUAUAUAAAAUUUAUUUUUCUUUUAUAGUAGAUGACCACGACAAUUUUAUUAUUGAAAUAUUUAUUUAUGUGGUAAAAAUGUUGCAAAAAAUAAAAAUAAAUGUUUAAAAA